UUUAAUCCUCUUAAAAGCAUCUGUUCAAUUAUUCAGCACAAGACAAAGAACAAAUAUUAAGUUCAAGAAAUCGAAUUUGUGCUUGUACGAUAUGGCUUAUAAAUUGGCGGUAGUUUACGGGGGCUGCGGAGCUUUAGGAAGAGUUUUUGUCUCCAAGCUUAAAUUAUCCGGAGCCUACGAGGUAAUUUCAAUCGACUUCACGCCGAGUGCAGAAGCUGACAACAAUGUGCUAGUAACCGAGCUCUCUGAUUGGUCGAGACAGAGCAGUGAUGUGAUUGGUCAAUUGGACAAGGUGGUUGGGAAGCGCAGGAAUAUUGACUUGAUUGCGUGUGUUGCGGGCGGAUGGGCGGGAGGCAGCGCGGCUGAGUUGGACGUGGUGAAGAAUAGUGAUUUGAUGUGGAAGCAAAGCGUGUGGUCGUCCCUCAUAUGUGCCCAGAUCUCAUCCAAAUGGUCGAAUCCAGAUGGAGGUCUCCUCCAGCUGACCGGCGCAGUGCCCUCUCUGGGUGGGACACCUGGCAUGUUGGGCUAUGGAAUGGCCAAGGCAGCAGUCCACCAACUCACUCACAGUCUAGCAGCUCCAGGCUCUGGCAUUCCCGAAGGAUCUUCAGUUGUGGCCAUUCUUCCCGUAACUCUCGACACUCCCAUGAACAGGAAAUUCAUGCCAGACGCUGACUUCACCAGCUGGACUAGUCUGGAGUUUGUGGUGGACACAGUCAUGGCAUGGCACGACCAGUCAGUUGAUGCAAGACCCAAGAAUGGUGCCUUAGUUCAGUUUGUAACCAAGGAUGACGUAACUGAUUUGAUAAUCGAGAAAUAGAUAAACUUGUAAUUUUGUUGCUUAUCCAGGUACACGAAUGGCCAGAUAGCUGAACGAAAAUAGCUUGCUCACCAAACGAAAAAAGAAUUAAAAGUGAUUUUAAUAAGAACAGCUGCUUGUUGUGCUAGAGGCGCCCAUAAUUCUCAACAGUUAUCUUUACAAACAAAAAACUGGAGGAAAUUGUUGAUUUUGAAAAACUGUUUAAGUCCAGGUGUCAUUAAUAACGCUUCCAUAUUUUCAAUCCAAAAAAGUAGCAUGUAAAAUGAGUAAUCAAAAUAUUCCCAGUGUCGAGAAAAACUGGCCCAAAA